AUGCUAACCCGACGGCUCCCGCAAGACACCCCGUAUGAGUCGUUUGUCUCGGACAAAUCCGCGCUCAAGGGCGCCAGAUUCGCCAUGCCCUGGAAACGGGUGUGGGAAUUGGCAUCGGAAAAGGAGUAUCCGUACAACAUCUUCAUGAAGACGAUUGACCGCAUCCGGGACGCUGGUGCCGAGGUGUACGAACACGUUGAUUUCCCGAGCGCCGAGGACAUAAUAUCCCCUGGGAAGUGGGAUUGGAACUAUCCUGAUGACCCAGCCAAAUCGGAGUUGACGGUCGUAAAAGUCGACUUCUACAACGACCUCAAAGACUACCUUGCCUCCCUCGCCGAAAACCCCCUCAGCCUCAAGGGCGUCGAAGACAUCAUCGAGUUCAACAAAAGGCACCCCAAGGAGGAGGGUGCCUGGCCAGAUCUGCACGGCGCCUGGCCCACAGGCCAGGAUACCUUUCACCACGUCGCCGAGACACGCGGGAGGAAGGACGACACGUACAAGUCGGCACUUGCUUAUAUCCGCCAGAAGAGUAGGGAGGAAGGUAUAGACGCUGUUAUCAACGCCAAGGGUGAACCUCUUGACGGUAUCUUGAUACCAAUACAGGUCGAUAGCGGGGUGGCGAACCAAGUUGCGGCCAAAGCCGGUGCGUCUGCAUAUCAACCUAUUUUGCACCAUCUUGUUCCUGCGGGAUGA